CUGCAGCUUGUGAUGGAAAAUUUAUGUUGACUGAUUCCUCUGGGUUUUUUCACUCCAUGAAUUAUCCGAAACCGUAUAAUGCAAAUAUAAUUUGCCAAUGGAUUAUAAGAGUUCCUGAAGGGCUAUCCAUCAAACUGAAUUUUACUUCUUUUGAUACACAACAAUAUGCAGACAAUUUAAAUAUUUUUGAAGGUAUAGGACAAAACAAGAUUUUAAGAGCUUCUCUGUCAGGAACUAAUCCUGAGACAAUUUACAUUUUUUCUCAUGAGGCUACAGCACAGUUUGUAUCCGAUUAUUCUGAAAAUUACAAUGGCUUUAACGCAACGUACACUACAUUUAAUGCAAAUGAACUAAAUAAUUAUGAGAAAGUCAAUUGCACUUUUGAAGACGGCUUUUGUUACUGGAUACAAUUUUUACAUGAUGAUUCAGACUGGGAGAGAGUUCAGGGUCCUACCUUUCCCUUUAUGAGUGGUCCUGACUUUGAUCAUACAUUUGGCAACGUGUCAGGAUUUUAUAUUUCAACACCUAUAGGACCUGGAUUCGGAGAAGAGAGAGUCCGGAUUCUGAGUUUGCCUUUGGUCUCUUCAGAUUCAUCUUGUCUAAGCUUCUGGUAUUUCAUGUACGGUACUAAUGUUUACCGUUUAAGAGUUAGCAUAAGUAAUGAGCACGGUUUGGAAAAGAUCAUUUUCCAGAAAGAAGGAAACUAUGGAAACAGCUGGAAUUAUGGACAAGUAACUUUAAAUGAAACAUCUGAAUUUAAGGUUAUUUUUGACGCCUUUAAGAAACGUGGUCCCAGUGAUAUUGCCUUGGAUGACAUUGGCUUGACAAAGGGAAAAUGUAAUGAAAGUAUUUAUGUAGAGCCAACCAGGAUUCCAACUGUUACUACUGUCCCUUCAGUUCCUACUGACUGUGGAGGGCCAGUUGAACUCUGGGAGCCAAACAGUACAUUCAGCUCUGAAAACUUUCCAAACAAUUACCCUAAUCAAGCUUCUUGUGUGUGGUACUUAAAUGCUGAAAAUGGAAAAAACAUUCAACUUCAUUUUCAGAUUUUUCAUCUGGAAAAUAUUUAUGAUGUAGUUGAAGUCAGAGAUGGCAGAGGACCAAAUUCCUUACUUUUGGCUGUCUAUACAGGACAAGACCCAUUGCCAGAUGUCUUCUCUACAACAAACCAGAUGACAGUAAUCCUCCUUACGGACGAGACUGCAACAAAGAAGGGAUUUCUUGCAAACUUUACUACUGGCUACCGUCUAGGUAAGCAUAUGAACCCUUGGGCUUGUGCAACUGAUGAACAUCAGUGUGGUAGCGGGGAGUGUAUACCGUUGCAUAACCUUUGUGACAACCUACCUCAGUGUGAAGAUGGCUCUGAUGAAGCAAAGUGCAUGAGAUUGCUUAAUGGUUCUCUAAGCACCGAAGGGCUGGUACAGGCCAGGAUUGGGAAGACAUGGCACCUGGCAUGUGCAGAUGAUUGGAAUGAACAGAUUUCAGAUGACGUUUGCCAGCUGCUAGGGUUAGG